AUGCGUCCUUGUGCCCGAAGUCAAUAUACUACCCCGGUGAUCACACUGCGCGACUUAUACCAGUAUGGCUCAUUGCUCUUGACGUUGAACUCCAUGAAGCAGACUCUUCAGGUCUUCCUCUUCAGCACAUUGCUUUCCCAACCUCUAUUGCAGUUGCUGCAGUCUGUUCUAUGCCAGCAGUUCUAUGCCAGCAUGAACAUCAAGCUAAAGUAUGUGAGCAGUGCCAAGCAAGUGCAGCAGUUAUCGACCUCCUACAUCAUUUCCGACACUAUUUCCGACUAUCCAGCCAAGUUUCCGGGCGAGGAGGUCCGCCUGAGAUCGCAGGUCUCUUUCUAG